AUGUCCACUAAUUCAGAAUCGAUAGAAUGGAUAGAACAAAGUAUAAAUAAAGAAGAUAUUAAUUAUUUUAAAUAUAUUGGAUUUAAUAAUAAAAUAGAGAUAGGUAGCGGAGGAUUCAGUAAGGUUUAUAGAGCGAAGUGGGAAAAUGAUACAUACGUUGCAUUAAAAUCAUUUCAUUUAGAUACUGUUAAAGAGAUUGUUAGAGAGUUUAAAUUACAUCGAAGAGUAGAUUUUCAUGAAAAUAUAAUACGGCUUUUAGGGAUCACUAAAGAUUCAGAAGGAGUGACGAUUAAUCCUUCUCCUGUUGAGCCAUCACAACAACCUAGUUUAGAUUCAAAUGAGAUUUCACUAUCAAAAAUAUAUAACCUCAUUCAUAAUUUGGAUCAAUUCGAUAUCAACGUUUUCAAUGAUUAUUACUUAAUGGAAGGAAAUUUGCCAGAUACGACAAAUUUGAGCUCAAAGGCAAGCCCAAGCAAUGGUUUGAAUGAAACCUUAAUAAGUAAUUCUAAAAUAAAUAAUAAGAUGGUAGAAGAAUUGGUGGAAUCGUUUAUUAAUACGACGAAUGAAGGGAAAUCUCGUGAUCAACGACGUUCUAUCCUCGAAGCUUACUUGACAGAUCAUGACGAUAUUUAA